AUGCCAAUUGGGGAGUGCAUAAUCAGUCUUCAAGAUGUUGGCAUUAUCACCGGAUUGCCAAUACAUGGUUCUGCAGUAACUGGAAUGUCACGAGUAGAAUGGCUAGAAGUUUGUGAGCUCUUGUUGGGAGUUAGACCACCUCCAGAAAUGAUUCGAGGAAAUACAUUAAAAUUAUCAUGGCUAACUGAUGAGUUUGGAGCUAUUCCACAUGAAGUUAAUGAUUUAACAGUGUUAUGGCAUGCAAGAGCAUUCAUAUUACGACUCAUCGGUUCGAUAUUUCUCGACAAGACAAACUCACGUGUGAACUUGAUGUUCCUACCCCUAUUAGAAGACUUGAGGCAAGCUGCGACAUACAGUUGGGGUGGAGCUUGCUUAGCCUUCCUUUAUCUUGAGCUUUGUCGUGUUGCAGUUACUGAAGCAAAGGAGAUUUCAGGACCCCCGUUCAUAUUGCAAAUCUGGGCUUGGGAGAGAUUUAAAAUAAUCUCUCCAUUAAUAAGAGAUCCAUCGGCACCUCAUGAUGCACCCCUAGGUGCUAGGUGGAGUAGAGCUCGACAAAUCACUAAAGUUACAACCCAUGUACUACAACAAAUUCGAUACAAUCUUGAUCGAAUGCGACCUGAAGAUAUUACAUGGGAACCAUAUAAUGAGGAAUUGUUGGAUGAGCUGCCUGACAUGUGCAUACAGGGUCGUCCCAUAUGGAAGGCAGUGGUGCCAUUAAUUUACUUCCAUAUUAUUGAAUGGCACCAGCCUGAUAGAGUGAUGAGGCAGUUUGGUUUGGCCCAACCUAUUCCACGACGACCGAUGCAAACAGAUGAGUUACAUGAGAUUACUCUCCGAUUUAGUGAGAGUAAUUGGGCGCACCAUCAUGCGACGUACAUUAAUCGUUGGAAUAGGCGAGAACAUUACAUUGUUCAAGGGCAAGAAAUGGCACAACCACUCCACCAUCAUUCUGAAUAUAUGGAGUGGUAUCGUCGAGUUGCAAGACGUUGGAUCUCAAUAAGUGGAGCUGCCAUUGGUUGUGUGGAGGAUGCAAUUGAGGAUUGUUUGCUAAAAUUACAGAACCCAUCAACAGAAAAUGUGGCUGAAGUUAAACGUACAUUAAGAAAAAUGAUGAUUGCUCUAGAGGAAGAAAGUCGGCUUUGCCAAAUGCCACCUGCUCAAUCCGCACCUCAAGCAACAACCUUUAAUGAUGAAUUAGAAGAGGACCAACCCAUCAACCAGCCUGAGCCCUCACAUAGAGCAGCACGACGCCGAUCACGUCCUGCUCGAAGUCGUCAACAUCCAGUGCGUCCAGCCUCUCCUCCCGAUGAUGCUUUGCCCUCACCUGUUGCAUUCCACCCUUACUGCAUCACAUCAGCGCCUGAUCAUUCUGAUCCUAUUCCCUCGGCUCCUGCACUAUCUGACCCUGCUCAUUACAUUGGUUGGAUGGCUACCCCAUCAAUGCCUGGCCCAUCAGCACCAUGGAUGUCAUAUCAAACUCAAAUGCAAAAUAGAAGCACAUUCGACUUUACUGAGAGUCAACAGCCGCAAACACCAUUCGGCGGCUUAUUUGCUCCAUUUGGCAGACCAUCAAGCAUUGGGCCAUCACAGUAUACGUCAGGUCAAUUUAGUGGAUAUGGGUCAGAACAAUACUUUGCACCAUAUCAUUCUGGUGCCUUAGGCCAUAUUCCAUCUGCUGCGGGUCUAUUUGGAUACCAUGAACAAAGUGCUAUGCAUUAUACUGCAGGCGGGGAAUCAUCAGGACAACAUCAAGGGCAAGCUAGCCAACCCAAAGAGAGACAUCGCAGACUUUGUGUCCAAUUUCCAAUUCACCCUUGUACGGUCAAUUUCUCUCGACUAGAUGCAAAAUUAAGAGCUGCUCGGAGAGCCAACCCUUCUGCUACUAAAGGAGAUAAACAGGAGAAAGACGAAGCGCAUCCAUCUAGCGGCAGACGAGUUGAGAAUACUCGGUGGGUGGGUCGUAGGGGUUUGGUUUUAGGCGAAAGGCAACAAUAA